AAUAAAUAUCUCUUUAGCCGGCUCACAAUAGCACAAUUUCUCAAUCAUGCUGAAAUCGAGGCCUUCCGCCGUGAGUGUCAGGAAUUCGGAGAGCGGUUUUUGGGUCCAUGUAUCGACCACAUGAAGGCAUUCUGUAACACUCAUAGUGUGGCCAAAUGGCGAGACGUGAGAGCUGCUCAGAUUGUUCGAAUGCGUGAGCAGGGAAGCCAUUUGGACGAGUCCGUCACUAACCUCGUUGCCUUUUACUCCAUUAUGAUGUACAUACUUGCCGUGUUGGCCGCUCGUUUACAGGGUCUUCGCUAUGAGAUCACCAUGGUCAAAAAAGCUUACGACCUGGACGAGCAGGUGAAAAUUCUCUCACAGGUAGUGUUCGGAGCCUUGGAGCUGUUGAUGAGCGACUGCGUUCUGGCCACCGAACCGUCCACCACCGCCAUUCUCGUCACCAACAAUCUUUUCAGUAUGAACUGCGGUGCGUUGGCAAGAGGAGUCGUUUUCAAGGACUUUGAAAUCCAAGUUGUCUCAGAAGAGACCGCUGAGCAUAUUCAGUCCGAAAUGAAUCGUGCUCGACUUCUGCAACAACCGAAUCAGAUCUCUCAACCUCCAUCCGCUGCCCUUCUGGCAAUGAAGCCCACUUCGGGCACAAAAAGAAGUAAUGCUGCCAGCAAUGGAGAGCGAAGCUUCGCUGAAUCGGUGAGUAACACUGCUCAUAAGAAAAGUGAUGUGAACAGCAAAGAAUACGUGACCAUCUAUCCAGUCUAUAAUGCCAAAUACAGGUACGAUUUCUGCUGUAUUAUUGGUACCAUACUGGCAGGCUACCUAUCCACAUCUGCUAUGUACUACUCGACAGAAAGGACCGACAAUCCACUCAUAACUCAUUCCAGGUUGAUUCCAUUUCUGGAUUUGUCCCCAUCCAAUACACAAAGCGACAAGUCCAACGGGAAGAGGCCAAUUUUCUAUUUUCACAUUAAAGCGACGAUGUUCAGUCCUUCUGGAAGUUUCGCUACUGCUCACAACUUAUCGCUUCCAUUUACCAUCGCUACCCGCAGGAAUCAGGACUGUCAAGUGCAGCGAAUGAUGUCAUCCUAUACGGCCACAAUCUUCUGGUUGUAUGGUUGCAAUCACCAGGAAGGACUGCUUUUGCAAUGGGUCGACACAGGAAUGCACUGGGAGCAGUUCAAGCAUCUGUACAAGCAGCAUUUCAAGGUGAACGCCGGUGUACAGAGAGGUUUGAUUGACGGCGAUUUCGAGCUGCUCAAGUACAAGCUCCAAUGUCCGGACUGUCAGUGCACGGAGGAUGGCGCCACCGUGAACGGAGUUCAGCAAAUCGUCACUUUCAAAAACGUGCUUUGUCCUCAUUUGCGAUACGAGUGUGGAAGCACGAAUGUUCGGUUUUCGGUA